CAUUGUUGACGCUGACGUGAUACGUAUACUUUGAACAGCUAACUGCGUUGAAAUGGAAUGCGGACCACACACGCAAUGAAGAAGACGUAUACUGUUACUGUGGAAAAGGCUACAACUCAGGAAUACCCAUGGUUCAAUGUCAACAGUGCCAGCAAUUUUUUCAUAGAGACUGCGUCAAAUGUUUUCCAAAACCACUAUUGUUUGGUGAUGAUUUUUUAGAAUUUACAUGCUCAGUAUGCACUCAGAAAGAUGAAAAAUACGUUCGACAGAGCAUGGCGUGGAUCACGGUGGUUCAACUUGUACUAUAUAAUUUGAUGCGACGGCAAGAUCCGGAUACAGAUUUUCCAAAGGACAGAGAUCACAGCUAUUUCCGCUGGAAAGAAGACAUCUGCUCGUUCAUAGAUGAUUAUUGGGAAUACUUGAAUCCUGGAAAGCAAAAAUCGGCAACCUGGCAUAAUACCAUCGCCAGUGUAUUAUCGACCAAUGGUAGCAUUUUCUUAUCAGGAAUUGAAAAGUUUCAACAACCAGCCUGGUGGACAUUAGUCCGUUACGAGCCACCCCCAAAGAUAGUACCUAGAGGCAAGGGGAAAGCAGCCAGUACAGCUAAAGGGAAACGAAAAGCUGAAGAAACACCUUCUAAAAAGAGAUCAUAUAAGAAGCGAACACCCUCCACUGUCUCGGAAAAGAUUUCAACUGACGCUGACGCUGACGAUUUUCUACCAGCAAAACCUGUACGAAAACAAAAAACUGUUUCUAAGCCAGGGAAAAAUAAGGAUAUGCAGACACAGAAGAAAAGAAAGCAAAGUGUCAAGAACACAGCCAUAUCUGAAUCAUCUGAUUUGUCGUCAGAGGAUGAAUUGUCGAACGUCAGCGAUACGGAAUCACUGGAAAAAGCAGUACCAUCCCCUACGACGAAAAGUGCCUCAGUGCAGCCAUCGGAACAGGAACAGGUAUGAAAUUUAAAACUUACAGCAACCGAAUGAUGUGUACAUGUGCAUAUCCAUUUUUCCUUACUGCUGUCGUUUUCAAACAUAAUAGGAAUCUGAAGUACAAUCAGCAGCAGCUCCAAAUG